AUGGAUGUGUUCAGGGAGCGGAGCCGCGGCGGCGGCGGCUGGAGCUGCCUCUGGCGGCUCGCGGUGCUCCUGCUGUCCGCGUCCUCGCUGCCCGCCGCCACGGCGCUGCUGGAGGGGCUUUACUGCGGGACGGAGGUCUGCUACGAUGUGCUGGGAGUCAACAGGGAGGCCUCUAAGGCGGAGAUCGCCCGGGCUUACAGACAGCUGGCCCGCCGGUACCACCCGGACCGAUACCGACCCGAAGAUCCCGGAGAUGAGGAGAGCGCUCACACGAAGUUCCUGCUGAUCGCAACGGCUUAUGAGACGUUAAAGGAUGAGGAAACGCGGCGUGACUACGACUACAUGCUGGAUAAUCCUGAGGAGUACUACCAGCACUACUACGCCUACUACCGCAGACGGCUCGCCCCCAAAGUGGACGUCAGGAUCGUCAUCCUCGUCACCAUCUGCGCCAUCUCUGCCGUCCAGUACGUCAGCUGGUGCAGCAGCUACAACAAGGCCAUCAACUACCUGGUAACCGUCCCCAAGUACCGCAUCCAGGCUACAGAGAUCGCCAAACAGCAGGGCCUCCUCAGCCGCACCAAGGAGAAGGGCAAGAACCGACGCUCCAAGGAGGAGAUCCGGGAGCAGGAGGAGGAGGUGAUCCGCGACAUCAUCAAGAACAAGAUCGACAUCAAGGGCGGCUACCAGAAGCCGAGGCUGACGGACAUCCUGCUGUGCCAGAUGGUGCUGUUUCCGUACUACCUGAGCCGCUACGUGGCGUGGUACGUCAGCUGGGUGUACCGCUUCACCGUCUGCAGGGAGGAGUACGGAGAGGAGGAGAAGCUCUACCUCAUCAGGAAGAACAUGAAGAUGUCGGAGGCUCAGUUUGACGGACUGGAGGAAAACGCCAAACAGACGUUCCUGGAGAAACGGCUCUGGAUCAAAGAGAACUUCGAGGUUUACAGGAAGGAGAGAGAAGAAGAGAUGAAGGCAAAACUGGCGACCGACCCGAAGAUGAAGAGGUACCGCCGCUGGAUGAGGAACGAGGGACCGGGCCGCCUGACGUUCAUCGACGACUGAUGUUCUGCAACCCGUCCAGAACCAACACAUCUGCCUCAGCGCCGCUCAGACGGGCCGCGCUUGCUGUGCUGGGCGGACCGACCCAGCCGCUCGUUUUCAGUAAUUAGAGAUAUUUUCAUAAAGACGGGGACUCGGAUGGACUGACUGCUCAAAUAAACUGCAAACAGUUUCUGUAAAACCGCCAACAACAAAAAACAGGAAGAUCAGAAUCCAGUCUGCGUCUCAGAUUCAGAUCGAUCUAUUUCUAAGUUUCAGGUUUUGUACCUGAAAUAAAAGUGUCCUUUAAAAAGGCAGCAACCAAACCUGCGCUGCUCAGAAAUAUGUUGAAUUGAUGGUAAUUUUUUCAAUUUUACCUCAAAUUUUUUGAAUAAAAGAUUGUUUUUGAUGACGUGCCUGCAGCGUCUAAAGAAACAAUACAAACAAGA